CCAUUCGUCAGUUGAAGUCAGAACGGGAUUUGAGUUUACUACAAGCCUUUAUAAAUGAAACUGUGAAUUGAAAUAUCAGCUCUUAAGCUUCGGCAUGGAUAUUACAAGUUCUCGGUGAAUACACAUCUAUAGUGAUCAGUUUUUGACACUUUAUUUAUCUCCAGCCUCAAGUGGUCGUUGUUGGGGAGCAAUACUUUUUGACGAAAAGACAUUUUCAAGGAAGUUGAAAAAUAUACGCUGAAUAAAAAACCCUAACAAAUAAGACUGAUCUUUAAAAGAAGACGAAUCGUUUACAAGUGAAAACAUUAGAAUUCCAGUGGUUAUUCUUCUUUUAACAAAAGACGAUUAGCAAUUUAAAUGUUAUUAAAACAAGGCGCCUUGAAGUUAAAAAAGAAAAUGGAUGUGUCUUCAUUGCUUGGUUAAAAACAAUCAAUAGCAUAUUAAAGAUUCCUCUUCUAACGAAGGUGGUCUGCUGGUGUCGACAGCUUUGUCGAUAUUUCUUACUUUAAAUUGGAGAUCUCGCGUUUUCAGAAAGACAUAAUUCACAGGAGCUGUUAGUGUUAACCACAGAUAGCCAAGAAUUGCGUGUGAUUACGUCACCGGUAUCCUAACUUCGGAGGAGAGAGACUUAUGAAAUAACUGAAGGGAUUUCAAUUUUAAUUUAGAGAAUUCCAAUUAUCCCCGACGGAUACGAUUACACACGUUUUGUUAACUCUGAAAUAUUGCUUAAACAUUAAUGGAUAAUUUUUUUUACGAUAUACGUCUUAAAUGUGUUGGUAUUUUCUACUGGAGAUAAGGUUAUUGGUUUUCACGGCUACUAACUAUCUGUAGCAGUUCUAACGUGUUGAGAAAGCAUUCUACUGUCGGCUGCAAAAAAGAACUAAAUAUUGAGGUGAAGAGUUGAACAUUGCCACUUGUGAGGGAAAACACUCGGGAAUAUAUUUUGAUUGAGCUUCAUGGAUGGAUACAUAAACCAGUCGAGUAAUUUAAGCAACAGUUGUUGAUCAACAUUGAAACGCUUUUCAGGAAAAGAAUACAGAGACGAAAGCACUCACUGACAUUUUGUAUGGCCCGAGCUACUUGAUAAUUUCAGGUUGUAUUUAUUAGUUUUAGGGGCAACGUGCAAGCAUAGUCACUACUGAGAGUCAAUUGUCCAUCGCGGAUGAUAAAUGGAAAUUUAUUUCUAGAAAGACAAUUCUUUAAAUUGAAGGUUGACGUUAACUCGCCUGAGAUACGAUAAUUGCUAUUGUUCGUGACGCGAAUUUCCUCCUUCGAUUUUUACUGUGGUUGAAUUUACGCUGUUAUUAUUUUUUACCCACCAAAACGAAUUUACAAUUUAAAGAGCUCUGUUGAUGGGAUUUAUGAGUAUUUUGUUUCAUAUCAAAGACCAAUUUUCCACAGCUGUUUCGUAUUAGACGAGAUAAAAUUACACUUUACGUAGAAACCGUCUUUUGCUUCCUUUCCCUGGAGCAUACAAUCUGGUGUGUGUUAUUUAGGUAAAGUAUCUAUGAUCGCGUGUUUAUACUUUUUCCAAUUCAUUUAGCGAUAAAUCGAGAUCUUAAGUGCAUUUCGUAAUAAGUGCUUUAUUUUUCAUCUUUGUAUUCCGAUUUGAAAGCAGGUGUAUAAGUGCUUUUGAAACAAGAACAAUUUCGAAAAAGUAAAUUGAUAUUUAUUGACUCGUUUGAGGAGGAUAUGAACAGAAGCUAGUCGAAUUGUUUUUAGUUUCGCUGAUCAAUUUGUGUGUUAUAUUCGUAAUUGUUUUCAAAAUGUCCUGCAAAACAAAUUCUACAGACAAGUCGGAAAUUCUGGAGUUAAAUGUAGGAGGCGUGUUCUACACCACAACGUUAGAUACGCUAUGUAAAGAACCGACGGGACUGCUAGCUCAAACAUUCUCGCCAGAGUCGUCCACGAACAACCUGUUGCGGGACUCUAAGGGUAAAUAUUUCAUUGACAGAGACGGGGUGUUGUUCAGAUAUGUGCUGGAUUAUCUCCGAAAUCUCAAAAUUGUCCUGCCAGAAAAUUUUCAAGAAAAGGAACGCUUAAAACUAGAAGCCGAAUAUUUCCAGUUACCGGAAAUGCUAAAGGGUUUGCUGAUGACGGCAUCCUCUUCACAACUCUCCCCGCUCAGCGCUGCCUGUCUUACGGGAUAUUCCCCAGCGAACAUACCCAUCUCCUCUGGUAAACCACCCGGAUAUAUUAGCAUUGGCUAUCGAGGUACCUUUGCUUUUGGCAGAGAUGGUCUUGCUGAUGUUAAAUUCAGAAAAUUGAGUCGAAUUAUUGUCAGUGGGAAGGUUUCGCUGUGUCAAGAGGUUUUUAAAGAGACACUGAAUGAAAGCCGAGAUCCUGAUCGAGGAGGACUGGAUCGUUACACAGCCCGGUAUUUUCUUAAACACACAUUUUUGGAACAAGCAUUCGAUGCCCUACAAGAGGAGGGGUUCGUAAUGGUUGGGUCAGCUGCAUCGGGAACCAACGGAGCUGGAGAAAUGAAACCAGGUUUGGAUACCGAGGAAGCGAAAUGGCAACAUUACAACGAAUUCGUCUUUGAGCGACGCUGAGAGAAUAAGGCUUAGAUUGCUUCUGCACUUUUCAACUUAUGUCGCACUCCAUGUUGGCAGGGGUCGUAUCCAGUACGUCAACAUGUCAAAGUAAUUUGAUUUUGAGGACAUUCUCGAAGGAAUACGCCGAAUGAAAAUAAAGCGUCAAGAGUUUGACAAAUUACUUUGAUUACAUUCCAACUACUGAAUCUGGAACAACUCUUAUGUAUUUAUAGCGGAUAAUGGACGCGGGGUGGCUUUCUUCUUCUUUUUUUUCCUUUUUUUGUGUCUGGUGUUUUUACAACUAAACGACUCCUCUUCUUAACUAUAAACAUCUCAAGAGAUUCGAGGAGAACUGUGAAGUUAUUUGUAUAGAAAAAAAAAGUUGCACUACAAUAAUUGUACAUAUGAUUUUUUUCCAUGUUGUGAUGAAACAAAUUAAAACAAUAACGGCCGUAUAUAAUCAGAUAUAUUCGUGUGUGUACAAUAUAUCUGGUGAUAGCCGUGACAAUAAGUGUUCCAAUUUUCAAAUAAACAGACCAGUGUCCAUCCACCUUCUAUGAAGGAAUUAAGUUUUUUUUUUCUUUCGUGUGUGCGAAUGGACCCGUAGGAAACAAGCUAGAUUUGGAUUUGAUUCAACUAAACGUGUGUGCGUGAUUAGAAAUAUAGGGAAACCAUGCGAGGUAAAGUGCAUGAAUCACUCUUUAUACCAUCUGAAUGAGUUAAUGAAGAGUAUGGUAUAUAAACUUAUAUAAAUAUAGAUAUAUAUAGUAGUUAUUAUUGUUAUAUUAUAGACGUAUUUAUUAUAUAUGAAGAACUACAAUUAAAUAGUAGAACACUAA